GGAUGGAUAUGAAUCUCGAUUGGGGAGCGAGGGUUUCGAGGGGUUUCGAGCUCUCGCCAUGGUUUCUCUCUCGACGUGGUUUCGCUACGCCGCCAACAAGUUCGAGUACUCCCUCUCUCUCGGUUGGAAGAAGUACAAUAUAGGUCAAAUUAAUGGGAGGGAGUUGAGUGAUGCAAUUUGGAAGAACUUCUUUUCAAGGCAAGCUGACAUUUUUUUGCACUGGAACAAGGGUGAAGAAAUGACACCAACAAUAACAGGGGAAGGAGGGACUCUUCUUGUCAGGAAACUGCCCUUUCCAGCUCCAACGCAAGUUUUUGUUGGAGAUGUGGUCAUGUUGAAAGACCCUGAUAAGCCAGAUGAUUAUCUUGUCAGAAGAUUGGCUGCAAUUGAAGGGUAUGAGAUGGUCUCCAAAGAUGAGAAAGAUGAGCCCUUUGUUUUAGAAAAGGAUCAGUGUUGGGUGAUGUCAGACAAUGAAGCAUUGAAGCCAAAGGAGGCCAAGGACAGUCGUCUGUAUGGUCCUGUACCGAUGACUAGCAUUGUUGGUAGGGUUAUCUAUAGCUUACGCUCUGCUGUGGACCAUGGACCAGUGCAAAAUAGUCAUUUUGCAAUGAGCCAAGAUUCAUCAGUUUUGGCGGUUGAAUUGGAUGUUGAUGAGAUGGCCAAAAGUACCAGGACUUGAAACAUUGUUCCCCAGUUUAUCUGAUCUACCAAGGAUAUGCUGUUGCCUUCCCUGAACAUAGUAAAUGGAAGAACAAGUUUUUCCUGCACAAGAUGAACUCAGUUUCCAGUUUUUCGGUCUCCAUCUUAAGCAUGCUGCAUCAAUCAAAUUCAACUUUUGUCUGAAUUGUGUAGAAGACAUCCAUCCCAGUAUUAUACUAUUUUAUCUUGAGUUGCGUUUAGUGCUAUAAUUGGAUGUCUUCUCUCAAUUGCUCAGCUGGCAAAAUUCUUGAUACUGAUAUUGCACCUGCUUCAUCAGGAACCAUUGUCCAUCUUUUGGGGUACUGUUGUAUUUUUGAUGUUUUAAGUCCUUUUAUAAUUUAUGAUUGAUGAUGACGAUGAUGAUGAUGAUGAUGAUGAUGAUGAUUCUCUGUCCGUAGAGCUCAAAUCUGAGACUAUUAACAGGAUUGUUUUGCAUUUUAUGUUUUUCUUUUUCGAUUAUAAUGAGCAUUCUGAACCCACAUAUUAAUAAGACAGUUAUAAAAACAAA